CAGGGUCCAUAUUGAUGCAAUUGGGAUUAGACAGGAAGUAAGACAAGAAGAUUUUGAAAAAUAGCCUUUAUUUGAGAAACGGAAGUGGAGGGUGGCUAGAAUUGAAAGCAGCGAGUCUCGUCUGGUCGUCGACUUCAUAAUCGCCACGUAGUCUUCACAGUCGCAACCACGUUUGAUGGCGUCAGUGCGUCACCUUCUUCUGUCGCUGCUCCGUCACCACAUGGUGCGGCGUUCGGCGACAAAUUCGUCUUUCAAACACCCAUGGGGUCAUGUUUCUCACUAUCAUUAUCAUUAUUGCAUACAACUCAACAUCAGAUCCACACCUGUAAACUUUUUUUUAAAUAUGUACAAAGAGAAGGUAACAAACAAUCCCACAACUUCUGAAGAAAAGACUCGUCAGCAGCAGCAGUGCACACCAGCUGUUUGAUAAUAUGACUCAACGACUUAUUUUAAGUAUAUAGUGCCUCCAAAUUACCCAUUUCAUUUUCCAAUGUAUGGUCUAAAUAUGUUUAUAUAUGCCAUAAAUUGAGGAAAAAGUUUCAAUCUUUAAUCUCUUUUGUUAACAAGUUGCACUUUUUUUGUUGAAAUUAAGCCCGGUUGCUUAUGCUAAUGGAAACAAGAUAGAGAUAGUGGCAAAACAUCUAUAAAAGUAGAUGUGGAAGUAACAUGAACCCAACCAUGGCUCGAUAUGGUGCUGAUGCUAGGCUUUCAGCAGAGUUUGAACAGUCUGUUGAAUCUGGUAAAUCUUUUAACUACUCAAAUUCGAUUACGCAUGAGCCAGAAGCUGUAGCUGACCACCAAAUGGCUGCUUAUUUAUCCAAAAUUCAAAGAGGUGGUUUUGUUCAACCUUUUGGUUGUAUGAUUGCAGUUGAAGAGCCCACUUUUAGCAUCGUAAGUUUUAGCGAAAACUGUUUUAGUAUGUUGAGUUUGAAUCUAGACAAUCCUGAGAAGAAAACUCUCCUUGGAGUUGAUGCUAGAACACUUUUCACCUCUACUUCCAGGGAUUCAUUAGAAAGGGCAGUAGCUUCUGGAGAAAUCAAGUUGUUCAACCCUAUUUUGGUUCACUGUGUAACUACACGUAAACCGUUUUAUGCAAUUCUCCAUAGGAUUGAUGUGGCCGUUGUGAUUGAUUUAGAGCCGGCUAACGAUAGUGACCCCGCAGUAUUCUUUGCUGGUGCGGUUCAGUCACAAAAACUUGUUGUUAGAGCGAUUUCUAAGCUGAAUUCCCUCCCUGGUGGAGAUAUCGGUGCUAUGUGUGAUACCCUUGUUGAAGAAGUACAAAAGCUUACAGGUUAUGAUCGGGUUAUGGUUUAUAAAUUCCAUGACGAUGAACAUGGUGAAGUUAUUUCAGAAGUUAAAAGAACUGAUUUAGAAUCGUAUUUAGGGAUGCAUUAUCCCGCAGCAGAUAUCCCACAAGCUGCUCGAUUCCUGUUUAAACAAAAUCGCGUGAGAAUAAUCGUUGAUUCUCAAGCAAAAUCAGUCCCCGUUAUUCGAAAUCAAGAACUAAAGCAACCAAUUUGUUUGGUCAAAUCUACCCUUCGGGCCCCACAUGGCUGCCAUGCAGUUUACAUGGAUAACAUGAAUUCUGUUGCAUCUUUAGUGAUGGCAAUUCUCGUACACGACAACGAAUCCACGAAAUUAUGGGGUUUGGUGGCAUGCCAUCAUGCAACACAGCGUUAUAUCCCGUUCCCACUUCGUUACGCUUGUGAAUUUUUAAUGCAAUCAAUGGGUUUGCAGCUCUACAUGGAGCUUCAGUUAGCCGAACAAAUAGCAGAGAAAAAGAUCCUCCGUAUGCAGACCACCUUAUGUGACAUGCUACUGCGAGAGGACCCUUUUCGGUUAAUAACUCAUUCUCCAAGUAUCAUGGAUUUAGUCAAAUGCGAUGGAGCAGCUUUAUACUAUGAUAACGAAGUUUGGUUAACGGGUGUAACUCCGAAUGAAUCACAAGUUACAGAUAUCGUUAAAUGGUUGUGUAGUGAACAUAAGGAUUCUACAGGGUUCAUUACAGAAAGUUUGUUACAUGCGGGUUAUCCUGGUGCAUCUUUGUUUGGUGAUACAGUUUGUGGUAUGGCUGCUGCAAGAAUUACUUUAAACGAUUUCGUGUUUUGGUUCAGAUCACAAACUGAGAGACAGAUUAAGUGGGCAGGUGCUAAACAUCAUCCUGAAGAUAAAGAUUUGAAUAUAAUGCAUCCAAGAUCUUCGUUUAAGGCGUUUCUUGAAAUUGUAAAAUUUAGAAGUUUACCUUGGGAAGAUUCUGAGAUCAAUGUGAUUCAUUCUUUGCAGUUGAUAAUGAGAACAUCAGCUCAAAAUGUUGCGGAUAACAGUGGUGGUGGUCAAAGAGUGAUGAAUUAUAGUCAACGAAGUGAGAGCGAUGCUCAACGGGUGGCUGAAAUUAGUUCGGCUGCAUGUGAAUUGGCGAGAUUGGUUGAAACAGCAUCUGUUCCUAUUUUUGGUGUUGAUGUGUGUGGUUUGAUAAACGGGUGGAAUGGGAAAAUCGCAGAGUUGACUGGAGUCAAAGCUAGUGAAGCUAUCGGAAAGUCUUUGAUUGAUGAAUUCGUUCAUGAAACAUCACAUGGAGUUGUUGAAGAUCUUCUCUGUAGAGCUUUGCAAGGUAAAGAAGAAAAAAACAUCGAACUGAAACUACGAAAAGUUGGCAUGCAACAGCAAAACAAACCUAUUUUAUACAUUAUGGCGAAUACAUGCACAAGCAGAGACUACAUGAACAAUAUUGUCGGUGUAUCCUUUGUGGGUCAAGAUGUCACAGACAAGAAAACUAUCAUGGACCGAUUUAUACGCAUGGAAGGCGAUUAUAACUCGAUUAUUCGAACCUUAAAUCCGUUAAUUCCUCCUUUAUUUGCUUCAAAUGAAAACGCUUGUUGUUCUGAAUGGAAUGCAGCCAUGGAAGAACUUACGGGUCGUAUGAAACAUGAAGUUUUCGGAAAAGUUCUUCCUGGUGAAGUUUUUGGAGGUUUAUGUUCACUUAAAGAUGAAGAUACACUGACCAAAUUCAUGAUCACGUUAUAUACAGCAAUCAACGGUCACGAUUCAUCAGAUUUACCGUUUGGGUUGUUUGGAAAAGAUGGAAAUCUUGUAGAGGGUCAUUUGACAACAAACACGAGAGUUGGUGAGGACGGAAAAGUGGUUGGGUGUUUUUGUUUUUUGAGUGUGCGAAUGCCUUUAGAAGACGGUAAAAAUGAGCAAGAAUCUGUGUUCAAACGUGAUGAUUUAGCGUAUAUUAAGCGAGAAAUUAAGAACCCUUUAAACGGGCUUCUUUUUACUCGCGAGCUUCUGCAAAAGUCAGCUAUUUCAGAUAAUCAGAAGCAGUAUCUUGAGACAAGUGUUGCCUGUGAAAGACAAAUUGCAUCGAUUGUUGAGAAUCUGGAUAUAAAAAGUAUCGAAGAAGGCAAUGUGGAACUGAACUCGGACCAAUUUUUCAUGGAGAAUCUUUUAGAUGCUAUUGUGAGCCAAGUAAUGAUCGUUCUGGACGAAAAGAAUAUUCCAUUGGUUCAUGAAAUACCUAAUCAAGUCAAAAUGCUUGAUCUUAUCGGCGAUCAAAUAAGGCUUCAGAUAAUCUUAUCGGAUUUCUUGAUCAGUGCUGCAAACCAUGCACCGUCACCCGAUGGUUGGGUGGAAAUCAAAGUGUCCCCCGGGCUCAGGAUGAAACAAGAUGGACAUGAAUACAUUCAUCUACAGUUCAGAAUGACUCAUCCGGGCACAGGGUUACCUGCAGAUAUUAUCAGAGACAUGUAUGAAGAAGGAAAAAACCAGGGUACCCAAGAGGGACUUGCUCUCAAUCUUUCUAGAAAACUUCUUAAUGUUAUGAAAGGUCAUGUGCAUUAUGUUAGAGAUGACAACAAGUGUUGUUUUCUCAUUGACAUAGAGCUUAAAAUCAGAAAAUAAAGGUUUGAAAACAACAAUGUUAAUGAGUUCAAUUGCCUUAUGUGAAAUUUUGGGUGUUUGAAUGUGAAUAUAUAAAGGCUUUUUAGUUUUCA